AAUGGUCGACACAGAGGAGAGAGAAACUCAGCUGGCGAGGGUUGCAGAGUGAGAGAGAGAGAGAGCUGAAGACUGCAGUCAACAUGGCAUCCAUGCCCCUAGGGCCCGACCACCACCAACAGCCACCGGCGCCGGCGCCGGCGCCGCAUAAGGACUCCGACAAGGAAAUGUCAACUUCUGAUAUGAAGGGUAAUGAUGCAGUAACUGGUCAUCUAAUUUCAACUACUAUCGGAGGAAAGAAUGGUGAACCCAAGAGGACAAUCAGUUAUAUGGCAGAGCGUGUUGUUGGUACUGGAUCUUUUGGAGUAGUAUUUCUGGCAAAAUGUUUGGAAACUGGAGAAACUUUUGCUAUUAAGAAGGUCUUGCAGGAUAAACGCUAUAAAAAUCGGGAGCUGCAGAUAGUUCGUUUGAUGGAUCACCCAAACGUUGUUUCCCUAAAGCAUUGCUUCUUUUCUUCAACAAGUAAAGAUGAGCUUUAUGUGAAUUUGGUUAUGGAGUACAUCCCUGAGAAUAUGUAUAUGGUUCUGAAGCAUUACAGCAGUAUGAACCAAAGGAUGCCACUCAUCUACGUGAAACUGUAUACAUAUCAAAUAUUCCGAGGACUGGCAUAUAUUCACGGGGUACCUGGGAUUUGCCAUAGAGAUGUGAAGCCACAAAAUGUCUUGGUUGAUCCUCUUACCCAUCAAGUCAAGCUUUGCGACUUUGGAAGUGCAAAAGUUCUUGUCAAGGGUGAAGCAAACAUAUCAUACAUCUGCUCCCGUUAUUACCGAGCCCCAGAGCUAAUUUUUGGUGCAACUGAAUAUACCACAUCAAUUGAUAUUUGGUCAGCUGGUUGUGUUCUUGCUGAGCUUCUUCUUGGCGAGCCAUUAUUCCCAGGAGAAAAUUCGAUCGACCAACUUGUAGAGAUUAUCAAGGUCCUUGGUACUCCUACUCGAGAAGAAAUUCGAUGCAUGAAUCCAAAUUAUACAGACUUCAGAUUCCCCCAAAUUAAGGCUUAUCCUUGGCACAAGAUAUUUCACAAACGUAUGCCCCCAGAAGCAAUUGACCUUGCCUCACGGCUUCUACAGUAUUCACCAAGCCUUCGCUGUACUGCUCUAGAAGCAUGUGCGCAUCCUUUCUUUGAUGAGCUUCGUGAGCCUAAUGUCCGCCUUCCAAAUGGUCGCCCAUUGCCGCCCCUGUUCAAUUUCAAGCAAGAACUAGCUGGAGCUUCACCAGAGCUAAUUAACCGGUUAAUACCCGAGCAUGCGAGAUGGCAGGCAGGUCUCAAUUUCCUUCAUCCUGAUAACCCGUGAUUAUAGAAUGUGGGAGAACUUGUGGUCGAUCAUUACUAAGUCGUUUUAAAGAGAAUUGAGCUAGAAUGAAGGAAAGAAGAAGGGACGCCUUAGUCUAAAUCAUGUGCCAAGCAUGUCCCACCUUGCAAGAUGGAUGAGGAGCCCUGUGGUUUUCGGCAUUAACAGGAAAGUGCUGACAUUCUGUCUAUCUAUGGGCAUUUCCAACUCAAGUUUUUGCCACUUUAUUCCGUGUAAAUUGUUUUGAUCGUGAAAACCAAACUCUAGAUUGAAGCAUUUAGGAGUAUAAAGAAGGAAAUGUGUUGCAGGUUUGUGUAUAAUUUUUUAGACGUGUAGUAGAGGGCCCCUUUACCCAGAAGAGGAGCUCACUAAAAGUAGUUUUGGUGUCUCUUGUGCUUUUGGUUUCCCUCUUAUGAACUAUUAUGGCUUUUGUUUCCAGCUUUUAUAACAAGCUGUUGUCGAUUUAGCAAAGUUUAAUGAUUAAGAGUGUGUUUGGAUU